ACAGCGUUUAAUAAAUAUGUAUAAUAAGGAUUCUCGUAUAUUAAUUGUUCUGUGAUAUUACUAUAAUAUAAUAUCUUAUUUAUUUACUCUUUAUGGUUAACUAUCAACAAUAUUAUCAAACGAUUACGACGAUAAAGAGUCAAGAGACAUCACCCUCACUCGCUUUUGCAUGCAUUAAUGAUGAUUGUUGAAAUUGUCUACAUUAAAAUUAAUUUAACAUUUAAACAACAGUGAGCUGCUGCAACCUGCAACGACAACAGCAGUCGGCCAGCGGCUGCUGCAACUMGGUCGGUCGAAAUUCUUGAAUGCACGUUGCAGUUGUAGCAUGUGACCAGGGAUUGACAUGCAUGCGUGCGAUCGCUAAGGUGGUGUACAGCCAGCCAAGACGCGUUUGAACGAUCCUGCAGGGCGCUGACGUCCKCAGACGUUAACUUGAACAAUGUGGCCCAUCAACGGCUUGGCCAUCGUCGUGUGGCUGUUGACCGCGACGUCCGCAUCCGUCAGAUAUCCAGUCGUCCUAGUUCCUGGUGAUGGCGGUAGUCGUAUAGAUGCCAAAUUGAACAAACCCAGUGUUGUUCAUUAUUUAUGUGAUAAAAAAACAAAUGAUUAUUCUAACAUUUGGUUGAACCUCGAAUUGUUAGUGCCAUAUGUAAUAGACUGUUUGAUAGACAAUAUGAGACUGAUAUAUGACAAUGUUACACAUACUACUCACAGUCCUCCAGGUGUAGACAUAAGAGUACCUGGAUGGGGAAAUUCUUCUGCUGUUGAAUAUAUUGACCCUAGUUUAUCUACAUUUGGCGCCUACUUUAAGAGUGUUGGUGAUACAUUAGUUGGUACUGGUCUUGAACGAGAUGUUUCUAUUCGGGGAGCACCUUAUGAUUUUAGAAAAGCUCCUAAUGAAAACACAGAGUUUUUUGUAAAACUUAAGACACUUACUGAAGAAACAUACCAACAAAAUAAUAAUACACCAGUUGUGUUCAUUGUACACAGCAUGGGAGGAUGUAUGACGUUGAAAUUUUUGCGAUCUCAAACACAGAAGUGGAAAGAUCAAUAUGUCAGAGCAAUGGUUUCAUUGGCUGGUGCUUGGGGUGGAGCUGUUAAAGCGUUGAAAGUUUUUGCUGUAGGUGAUGACCUAGGAGUUUAUGUGCUUAGUGGUAAUGUUCUGAAAGCUGAACAAAUUACAUCUCCUAGCUUAGCAUGGCUUUUACCAUCUCCAUAUUUUUGGAAGUCUGAUGAAGUUUUAGUAGAAACUGAUUCAAAAAAUUUUACAGUGGCAGACUAUAAAUCAUUUUUUGAAGGCUUAGACUACAUGACUGGUUAUGAUAUGUACUUAGACGUUAAACAGUAUAUGGAUUUUGGACCACCUGGUGUAGAAGUCCAUUGUUUGCACGGCGAUACGAUUCCAACAGUUGAAAAAAUGAUAUUUGGACCAGGAAAAUUCCCGCUUAAGUAUCCUAAGUUACAGUAUGGUAAUGGCGAUGGCACAGUUAAUUCCAGAAGCCUUGAA